AUGUGUGAGAGAGGUAAAGGACAGCUGGGCCAGGGGCCAGGCUGCGACUCCAACCGGACUUCCGCGGCGGGGGGCGCUCGGGGGCGAAAGGCUUUGGCGGCCCGGCUAGCAGCGCCCUCGGGGCCCCGGCCCGGGGUCCCGCGUCCGGCCGGAGAGAACGCACUCAAUUGCUCGAGCCGCCCCGGGCUCGCGCCCCCGGGCCAUGAAGGGGGGCCCGUGAGGCGCGCGCGGAGUCGGGAGGAAGAGGAGGGAGGAGGGAGGCCGAGGAGGAGGGCGCGGGAGGCGCAGGAUGCCGCCGCCGCCGCUGCUGCCGACGCCGCCACCCGCGGGCCCCCGGCGACCCUGACUCCAGACCCGAGGAUGGAGCCGGCGCUGGGCGCUGCAGCUGCUCCCGGCGCGCCCCCGACCAGCCAGGCCCGCUCGUUAGCCAGUCCGGAAGCUUGGAAAGACAGCAUGGGAUCCUGAAGAAGCCCUGGCCCUGCC